UCACCGUACCAUGUAAUGGUAGAAUGGAGAGGCUUGCGCGGUAAAAGUGGUGUAAUAGUGAUAAUGGUGAAUGCAUUUGGGUAUUUAAUCUUUCGUAUUUGUUGACAUGCCAAUAGUAGUAUGUUUUUUGAACGUGUCUGAGAAUUAUUCUGUGCAAAAUGUCUCGAAGACGCACUGCAAAAUCGAUUUUUGUGGAUUUUGGCAAAGGAUGUAAUUCUGGCCAGGUGUUAUCACGUGAAGUGGAAUUUCCUGAAUUGGGUAGAAAUGGUGUGUUAAUUCAAGUGAAGGCCUGUGGGUUGUCAGUCUCCAGAGUCGAACCCACAACAUUGUGUCACAUUUUGUCAAAGGGCAACAAGAACUUAAAUGUAGGUGCAGGACAUGAUGUGGCAGGAAUUGUGGUCGAGACAGGGGAGGAUGUUACCACUUUGUCCAAAGGGGACCAUGUUGUGGGAAUCAUUCCUCUUGACUAUGGACAGUCUGGAUGUGCAGACUAUGUCGUGCUUCAAGAAUUUGAUGUAGUUAUAAAGCCAAGCGGAGUGAGUUUUGUGGAUGCUGCAGGGUGUAUAGGAGAUUCUGUGAAAGCAUACACAGCUCUGCAUUACCUGGGAAGGCUUAGUUCGGGUGACACGGUGAUCGUGCUGGAUGGUGCAUCUUCUUUUGGUAGCAUCUGCAUACAAUUAGCACAUCACUGGGGAGCCAAAGUGUUAACAACUUCCUCUUCAGAUGAUGAAAAACGUUACCUUCAGAUCAUGGAAGCAGAACUUGCUCAUAUAAUUGAAUUGAACCAGAAGAAUUUAUCACUAAAAUCUGUAGCAAUGCUGGAGACCGGAAAUCUUGGAGUGGACAUUAUUGUGGAUCAGGGUGUAGCUCAGUACCCACAGAGCUCCAGUAUUUAUGAUGAUAACAGAUUAGAAAACUCUCGCAAUCUGUUGCCCUCAAAACACGAUAUAAUUUCGUGUUUAGCUGUUGGGGGCAGGUGGGUCACAUCGAAGGCCAAUUUGCAGCUGGACCCUCCAAAUUCCCGCCUCAUGUAUUUGCGAUGUGCCAGCUUGGGAUUUCUCUUUGAACACGCAUGGAUGUUGUCCAGUGCUCAGCAGGGAAGGUAUCAGCAUAUACUUAUGGAUAUAAUGGAAAAAGUUGCUACAAAAACUAUCCGCCCCAACAUCCACCACACUGUAUCAUUUGAUGGUGCUCUGGAGGUCAUCAAGGCUCUAGAAGAAGUUGCAGUAGGGAAGGUGGUUAUGACAGUAUGAGCAUUUUAUUUAUUUAUUUUUCUCAUGAAUGGUAUCCAGGGUAUAAACCUACUUAACAAAAACAUUUUUUGAAUGUAUUUAUUUAAAAAAAGGGGGGGGAUGUCUGCAAUGUUUGCAAAUGCAAAUGGAGAAGACACAGCAUUACCUCCCAGAAGACAGCAGUCUUUGCAGUCAGUACCUCAAAUCUCACACAAAAGAGGGACUAAAAUAGUAUUCGUACAACAUUUGAAACUACUGUACAUUUUGUUGUCUAAAUUAUCAUCAUCAUCAACAUGUCCUUCUAGUUCUGUCUUUGAUAAUACCAUAUUUACUGAAAUGGAUGAAAAGUGUUAGGCUUCUAUCAUGUUGAUGUUUUAAGGUGUAGUAUAACAUUUGUGCUGUAUCAUGCUGUGAGCAUAGCAAGAUAGAUAUGUAAGUGUGUGUGUGUGUGUGUGUGUGUGUGUAGCGGGGAGGAAGAGUGCGAGAGAGAGAGGAAGAUAAACACCAUAUUCUUUCAAGAUCAGGAGCUGUGAGUUAACAAGUUUGUGUGAAGUGCCACCAAAAGUGGUACAAUGGAGUCAGAAGUAUGUUUCAGUGUCAGGAGCCACAAUCUGUCACGAGUCUGGCUGAGUAUUGCCAAAGCUGUGAAUUGAGCGCACCAGUUCUUUGCAAAGUUACAUCGCAGCAUGAAUGAUGAGGAUGGUGAAGCCAAUGGAUGUGGGAAGAAGAAAUUGGCUGAGCAAAUGCGAUGUAUAACACAUUUUCCAAUAUUUAUUGUUGUUCACAUAUAUGCUUCUAUGAAAUGUAGGAAAUUAAUAUAUAAAAUAACAUUUUAGUCUCUGACAUGGUUUAUAAUUGGCAGUUUCCUUGGGUUCAGAAUUGACUCCUAUCUGGGUAAAUACAUUAUUAGGCCCACAUUGCAUUUUGCGGAAGCAUUAAUGCCUAUAUCGCUGAUUGCCAACCAUCUAACUGUAUACUUGUGGGCAUCUUGGUUCUGACAAAGAAGUUUGAUACAUGUGAGUUUAAAAAUGUUUGUAAUUUAUGAACUGUUUGUUGAUGAUCUCAGAACAUGAUUUUCAAAUUAUGAAGUGAAUUUUUUUCAGUUUCAAGCAGAUUUAAUGUUCAGAUUGUGGAAUGUUAUCACCAGAAAUAAAUACUCCAUUCUGUAAGGGGUUGCAUUGAGGAUAAACUGUUUCUUUUUGUAUGUAUUAAUCAGCUUAGCUCAGUGAGUCACUAUCUCCAAGUAUGAAUCAUAUUAAAGAUGAAAAUAAAAAUUAAAGAAUUUAAGACUCACUUCUUGAUGACUGUAUUUGCCCUUCAUUGAAUUACCAUGACUUCGUGCUGGUGGAAGAAAUAACCAGAUAUUGCUUCCACUGAAUGAUUCAGACAUAAAUAAUAGUGUCAUUUUGGGCCAUGCCAUAGCUUAGGUAGUAUUGAUAUAUGAUCUUAAGACUCAAAUUCCCCCCCCCCCUUAGCAGGUUCAUGUAAUACUCCUUAGCCAUGAGGCGGUCCUCUAGGAGCCUUGGCCAUUUUUGUGACAGAUGCCUGUUCUCUGUUAUUUACCUUCAGCCUCCAUCUCUUCACUUUCAGCUCUCAUAAACCAUCCUCUGCAUACUCCAGCAUUUCACUGUGGAUUUUCCCACAUUUCUUCUCUCUUCUGGAUACUUUAAAAAUGUUCUUAUAUUCGUAUAGUGCCCACUAUAAAUUGUAUGAACCCAAAUGGAAGGCAGUGCUUUCUCCCUAUUUUAGAAUUACAAAAUUGUCAUCUUGAAUUUAUGUGCAAAAAAUGUAUUGAUGUUUUUAAAUGUUGUAGACUUUUAGCAGGUUGAUUUUCCUGAGCUACAAUGCAUGUAAGCAUUUUAGCCAUGAGCUACAAAGAGUUAGCCUGAAGAGCUGCCAAGGCUAUGGAUCUGAAGGUGCACUUCCCCACAAAAGGGUCUUACAGCAAAGGUGCUAAUGUUGGGAUCAUCAAGGACUGGGAACGUCAGAAAGAAUAAAUUGGCUUAGUGUAGAAUAUGUUUUAAAAUAUCUGGUAUCUUUUUACGUUUUACAUUGUGAUAUCUGUAUGGAGUUAAUGCAUAAAAUCACAUUUUAUGUGCAGGCAUGUUUCUUAGGUAUGGUGGGAUGGGUGUCAUCUCAUAUUCAGAGUUUUCUUCCUUUGAAGUAAGUAUGGUAUAAAGUUCUAGUCCCCUGUCACCUACAGAAAGGCUGGCAACCCAUGACGCAGAAUAUAUUUAAACUACACUUUGAAAGUGAAUUUGCAACAAGGUGGUUAGACAUGCAAAUUUUAUGGAUGCUCUUACUUUUUAUUGACAGUGGUUCAAGAUUGACGUGGAUUGUAAUUUUUUACAAAAUAAAAACUUCGUAUCUAUCAGAAUCACCAAACUGGAACUCUUAACUGUAACCCUUACUGCAGUGGUACAUUUUUGCAAUCACCAUGACAAGGUACUGAUGCCAACAGCAUAGACAUAGCAUGACCACAUAGCCAAUUCUGGACACCAUGUUUAAGUUCAUCGUGUUCACUGAAUAUCUUUCCUCCUAGGUGUUCCUUCAGUGGUAAAAAGAAUUAAAAACCUAUGGGGAUAACUCUGAACUGCAAAGAGGGUGGUUCAUGAUUUCUCAGCUGAAAGUUGCCAGUGUUUUCACUGUGAAAUCUGUUGUAUAUGGGCACACAUUAUAAUGCAGUGCAAUGAUCUGUUGCAGUUUCCCAGACCUAUUUUUGCAAAUUUGUUAGCCUGCAGCAUUAUGAUGAAAGCUCUUUUAAUGAUACACAUUAAUUUUUGCACUGUGUGGCUGUCAUUUGUCAAGAGGUGAGAGCAGUGUUUCAGCCAUCUGCCAUGAAGAAAGUUUUCUUAUUCCAGUGAUGACAUCUUUUGGAAAAAAUUAAAGUCCAGAUCAACCUUGAACCAUCCUCAUUAAUCCUUUAUAUGUAGUAAACUAUAUGUAAAAAGACACAUUAAUGUUGUUCAUUUUAAUGUAUUAAUUAAAAACAUGUUGCUGAACAAAUAUGUAUUUGUUAACUCAAUUUUAUCAAAAACUUUUUUAAAACCGUUCCAGAACAGAAAGACUUGAAGGCGGUGACCUCAUUCAUAAAUUCAGAUUGUGGAAGUAAACUAUCCGAAUAAAUUAACUUUAUUAAUUCUGGUCCGUCACUCUAGUCAGUACUAUAGAAUGAUUAAACUACACGGUACAGUGUGACUUAAAGUAUAUAUAUGAUGCCUUUACAUGUUUCAGUUAAUUAUUGACCAUCUUCAGAAGGCAAA